GGAAAUAUUUUGUUUUCUUCUAGCUAGUCUGAUAAAAAAAAUCUCUUUAUUUUUUCAUAGUUCAAUAUUCAACAUUUGAAUUAAUGUAAAAAAUAAAAUAAAAUAUUAACCAUUUGAACAAUUCAAUGCACCCAUAAUCUUAUAUAGUUCCAUCUCAAAUCAACAAGUUUCACAAAUCAUAAUCAUUAGAAGCAAUCAGUCCAAUCCGUAUUGAAACCUAAGGAAAGUACCUGGGCUUGAAAUAGAACAAAAUAAAAUGUCAAGGUUUGGAACCUCUCGAUUGGUACCUUCUGUGCACGAGCUUGCAAAGCAAAGCAUUGUUGAAGUUCCCGAGCAAUUUCUUCGUCCAAAUCAAGACGCUACUCAUGUGAUCAACACAGACUCGUUACCGCAAGUACCAGUUAUCGACCUUGGUAAAUUGUUAGGUGAAGAUGCAACUGAGCUAGAGAAGCUAGACCUUGCUUGUAAAGAAUGGGGUUUUUUCCAGAUAAUCAACCAUGGAGUCAACACUUCGUUGAUUGAAAAGGUAAAGAUAGGUAUUAAAGAAUUCUUAAGCCUACCAGUGGAAGAGAAGAAGAAAUUUUGGCAAACUCCAAAUGAUAUGGAAGGAUUUGGUCAGAUGUUUGUUGUCUCUGAUGAUCAAAAAUUAGAAUGGGCAGAUCUUUUUCUCAUUACCACACUUCCAUUAGAUGAAAGGAAUCCUCGCUUAUUUCCAAGUAUUUUCCAACCAUUUAGAGAUAAUUUAGAGAUCUAUUGUUCAGAAGUACAAAAACUUUGUUUCACAAUCAUUAGUCAAAUGGAAAAGGCUCUCAAGAUCGAAUCAAAUGAAGUAACAGAAUUAUUUAACCACAUUACUCAAGCAAUGAGGUGGAAUUUGUAUCCUCCAUGUCCUCAACCAGAAAAUGUUAUUGGACUGAAUCCUCAUUCUGAUGUUGGUGCUUUAACCAUCCUUCUACAAGCCAAUGAAAUAGAAGGCCUCCAAAUAAGAAAAGAUGGACAAUGGAUUCCUGUUCAACCCCUCCCUAAUGCUUUUGUCAUCAACAUUGGAGAUAUGUUGGAGAUAGUAACAAAUGGAAUAUACCGAAGCAUUGAACAUCGAGCAACAGUUAAUUCAGAAAAAGAAAGGAUUUCCAUUGCUGCAUUUCAUAGGCCUCAUGUGAAUACAAUUUUGAGUCCAAGACCUAGUCUUGUUACCCCUGAAAGACCUGCAUCAUUCAAAAGUAUUGCUGUUGGAGAAUACCUCAAAGCAUAUUUCUCACGCAAGCUAGAAGGAAAGUCUUGUCUUGACGUAAUGAGGUUGGAAAAUGAUGGUGUUUAAAACUGAAAAAUGGUUGGACUAUGCUAUGGAUAUAUAGAAAAUAAAAUAAACCAUUUGAAUAAAAAUAGUUGUGUGUCAUAUAUGGUGGCUAUUUUAUAAUAAUUCAAUCAAUUUAAUAAGGCUGCUACGUACUAAAUAGGAAUUUUCAAUGUUUUUAUUCUUCAGCAAGUUGGUUGAUCCCUCAACGUUUUGCUAGAAAUAUUUUGUUGUUUUUCAUAUAUGAAAUGUAAUGUAGUAUAUUCUAUUGUAUUUCCGAGGUCAACCUCGGUAAAACCUUACAAUAAGACUCUUUAUUAUAAGCUAUGAA